GGGUGUAUGCGGACGCGCCAGAUAAUAAGGGUUGGUGGGACAAUAUGGUGGGGCCGGGCAAGGCGGUGGAUACGAACCGUUUUUUCGUAAUAGGCGUAAACAACCUGGGUUCGUGUUUUGGCUCGACUGGCCCUAUGCAAACCAACCCUGCCACUGGCAAGGCCUACGGGGCGGAUUUUCCGGUAGUAACGGUGGAAGAUUGGGUCACCGCCCAAGCUCGGCUACUGGACGCGUUGGGCAUAGACAGCUUGGCUGCCGUCAUGGGCGGUAGUUUGGGUGGGAUGCAAGCCCUCUCUUGGACGUUGCAAUACCCAGAGCGCGUGCGCCACGCUGUGGUAAUAGCCAGUGCGCCCAACUUGACCGCAGAAAACAUUGCCUUUAACGAGGUAGCGCGACGCGCCAUUGUGACCGACCCGGACUUUCACGACGGGCAUUUUUAUGACUAUGGCGUACUGCCCAGACGGGGUUUGCGUAUCGCACGGAUGAUAGGACAUAUUACCUAUUUGAGUGACGAUGUGAUGAAUGAAAAAUUUGGCAGGAAAUUACAAAAAGAGUUACAACAAAGCCUGGCAGCAGAUGCAGGCCUGAAAUACUCCACCCAAGAAGUAGAAUUUCAAAUCGAGAGUUAUCUACGCUACCAGGGCGACAAGUUCAGCGAUUAUUUUGAUGCCAACACCUACUUACUCAUUACCCGUGCGCUGGAUUAUUUUGACCCCGCCAAGGCUUAUGGCGGCGAUUUAACGGCGGCAUUGGCAAAAGCCCAAGCCAGGUUUAUGUUGGUGAGCUUUACGACCGAUUGGCGGUUUACCCCUCAACGCAGCCGCGAAAUCGUUAAAGCCCUGGUAAAAAAUCGCCACGCGCUAUGCCGAGAUAGACGCACCGCAUGGGCACGAUGCCUUUUUGCUGGACGAUGUGCGUUACCACAACGCGAUACGCGCUUAUUUUGCGGGGAUAAGCAUAUGACAGCGGCACAAACCCAGGCACAGACAACAAGGCAGAUGCAAAAACAAGCCUUGCACGAUGUGAUUGUGGACUUGGUGCCGCAAGGCGCAAGCGUGUUAGAUUUGGGCUGUGGCAACGGACAACUGCUGCAACGGCUGUUGCAAGAGCGUCUAUGUAGUGGCUACGGCAUAGAGCUAAACGAUGCCAAUGUACUGGCGUGUAUAGAACGCGGUAUCAAUGUGGUGCAGCUCAAUCUGGAAGACGGCCUGGCCCUGAUAGAAGACCAUGCUUUUGAU